AUGGCGCACGGAAACAGCAGUCCCUCAGCAGUCGUUUUCUGGUUUGUUCUCCUAGAUUUCGCAAUUCAGUGGACUGCGUGCCUCUUCUCCGCAGUGUACCAGCUAACCAAACCCUUCCCCUAUUUUUCGUAUUCCCGUGAAAUCCAUUCAAACGGAGCUUUUCUUCGAUUUAACCGGAUCCUGCACGUUCCUUCUCGGCGCCUUCCUCUCUCUCGCUAUAGGAGGCUCGCUGCACCAGAGACAAGUGGUGGCAUAAUCUCUCGUCUCUAUUUGGGCCGUUCGCCUUGGAACAUUCCUCUUCACCCGCAUUCUACGGAGGGGGAAGGACUCUCGAUGCAGGUGACAGGGGACCAGCCCGUGUACCUCAUGAUGUUCUGGACCGUGCAGGGCAUGUGGGUGCUGCUCGUCUCGCUGCCGCUGCUCAUGCUCAAUGCCUACCAUCCCCAACCGCAAUGGCUCUCCGCUACAGACGUGGCAGGAAUGGCUAUAUGGCUCACUGGCUUCCUCAUUGAGACCAUAUCCGACCAUCAAAAGUUACUCUUCAGCUUGAGACAGGAGAACGAGGGCAGGUGGAUAUCCUCUGGCCUAUGGAGUUGGAGCCAGCACCCAAACUACUUUGGAGAAAUCCUCCUCUGGUUUGGCCUCUACCUGCUCACCUUCUCUGGCCUCUCGCCCACAUACCGCCUCAUAUGUCUUGCCAGCCCUCUCUUUACAUUCUAUGCACUUGUGCGGAUGAGUGGGAUCCCUCUAUUGGACAAGGCGUCACAACAGCGGUGGGGGAAAGAUGCAGCAUAUCGAGCGUAUCGCGAGUCGACCUCCAUUCUCAUUCCUUGGCCAUGGCCGGUGAAAAAGGCCCAUGCUCAGAAGCACUCUCAUGCAAAGUGA